CUCCGUACAUGCCGCCGCCUGUCGUCAAUAAACCAGUAAGGUCUGAAGCGAUCCUGGGAAGACCGCCGAGGCAGAGAAGACCGCUACGGGAAGAGGGGCAAGACACGGCUCAGGGUACUGCAACAAUGCCACUUGCUACCGCGCAUAUGCUGCCUCAUGCACCGAUGGUGGCUCCUCCUGUCGCUGCGCCAAUGCCGCCGCAGCCGCCUCCACCUCCUAGCCAAGAAGGGAAUUUAGAGCACGCGCAUAUGCUGGCGAAUUCAUGGAUGAAUGCCCAGAAGCUCGCCGAGAUGGUCAAGAAAGAAGGGCUUGUCUACAAGAAGGGAAAAUUCUCUGCUAUCGAGGAGGCUCAGCUCAAUGCUGCAAUUGAGCACUACCGGGUGACGAAAGGCCUCAAUCAAGACCAGCUGAAUGAACUUAUAUUUUCGAAGGAGCGUGGCAGGGAUACGUUCUGGCAAGAAAUCACCUCCGCUCUACAUUUACGUCCAAUCAUUGCUGUCUACCAUCACGUACGCCGGAAUCGCCACCCCUUAAGUCAACAGGGCAAGUGGAUGGAUACAGAAGACGAGCUUCUCAUAGAAGCCGUGGCCGAGCUCGGUCAGCAAUGGGAGCGCGUCAGUCAACGAGUCGGUCGUAUGGCGGGUGACUGCCGUGACCGUUGGCGCAACCACCUGGAGGACCGUGGGACGCGUAAGACAGGAUCGUGGUCAAAAGCGGAGGAGGAUGACCUGACGCGUAUUGUCACGGAGAUGACCGUUGAGCAGGGGAGAGACAUCGACAGCGAAGUCUUUUGGGGCAUCGUAAGUCAAAAAAUGGGUAGCAAGCGUGGAAGGCAGCAGUGUCGGAUCAAGUGGACGGACACACUGAGCUCGCAGAUCAAGAACUCGGGAGAACGGCCCAGGUGGAGUCAGCUGGACGCCUAUAUUCUCGUUCAUAAGGUCGAUUCGUUGAAUGUUCGAGACGACACCGAGAUUGACUGGAAGUUGCUACCGGACGAGAAUUGGAAUGUCUGGAGUGCGCAUGCUCUGCAAAGGCGUUGGCUCACGAUGAAGAGAAGCAUCAAGGGACACGAGGAGAUGUCGCAUGCAGAGGUCAUGGAGAUUCUGAAGACGAAGAAGUCACACGUCCCCGGCCCACCCACGACUCGGAAGAAGAAAACCAAAUUCACUAGUGCUGAAGCUGUUAUAGAUGUAGAUGACGCAGAUGGGAACAUGGGGGCAGUCGCGGGACCUAGUACGGGCACCGCGAUGACUGGUGCCAUCUAGUGUACUGUGCUUAAAGUUAUGAAGUCGAAGAUUCCGUGCCAAUGUUCGCAGAUGCGUAUAACGCUAGUGGUAUUAGUAUCCGUUAUGGACCAUUAUACAGUC